UAAACGUAAACAACAGACACCAACAACAAAAAAAAAAAAAAAAAAAUAAACGAAAAAUAAUUUAACCAAAAUUAAAAUAAAACUUUUUAAAGAAAUAUUAAAUUUUUAAUAAAAAAAUUAAGUGAAAAUUAUAUAAAAUUUAAAUAAUUUUAAUUAAAUUUAACAACAAUUUAUAAAUAAUUUACCAGGAAAACAAAAGUAUUAAAACAAUUUUAAAAAAUGUUUAAUAAAUCUUCUAAAGUUGUCAUCAUUUGUGCCUUUAACUUGUGGCUGUUAACGUUUUGUCAGGCUAAAAAAGAACAACAACAACAACAAAGAAGUCAACAAGAAAUUUGGGAACAAGAUCUAACCGAUACCUUCAAAAUCGAAGGCUCCGAUCAGGGUAUACAAAAAGUCAAUCUAAAAUGUGGUUCCGAUUCCAUGCAUGUCAUGUUGGAAACCGAAAAACCCUUCACCGGUGUCAUGUAUACCAGAGGAAGUUUCUAUAAACAGGCAGCUCCCUGUUUCGUUAAACCCUCAACGAAUACGGCCAAAACUUUGGAAAUGAAUUUCAAUUUAGAUCAAUGUCAAACCCAAAAAGAGGGAGAACUCUAUUCAAAUAUCGUGGUGAUACAAAAUGAUCCUGAACUCAUAACACCUGGAGAUUCGGCAUUCUCGUUGGAAUGUGAUUUUAGACAACCGCGCAGUGUGGAUGUAGAGGCCAAUAUGCAGACCAGAGACAGAAUGGUGUAUGCUUCAAAAAUCACCCUAACAAGUCCUGAUCCUUCACAGGCCAAACAAACACAGAACACUUUACAUAACACCAUCACUAGUGACACCGAAACAGUCACUUAUAUACCCAAACACAAGAAAUCCACCGCUAAACCAAAGAACACUAAACCAAAGUUGAAAACAAAUAAAAUUUCACAACAUGAUAAUGAUCAUGAUCUUGAAGAUGAGAAAACUUUACACUUGGGCACCGUAGAAGACGUUACACAUUUGUAUACGAAUCCCAGAAAAGAAGAAUUGUAGUUUUCUUUCAAGGGGUUUAAUAGGAUUCGGAAUUAAUACAUACAUAUAUACAUACACACGCUUAUUUACUGUUAGUUAUAGAGCAUGUCACUUGCAAAAGCUUGCACGUAGAGCUUUUAUCACUUAUUUAAAAAACUUUAUUUUCAUAAGUAAAUAUUAAGAAAUUCUACAACCACAACUUCAAAGCCCCCUAAAUCGAAAUCAUAAAAUUGGAUUUGAAUUUGUUUUUUUUUUAUUUAAAUAUUUAAUUUUGUAAAAAUAAUUGUUAUUCUUUUAUUAUUUUCUAUGUAUUAUUUCUAAUCCUGUGAUAUCUCUAAGUUUCAAAUCCAAAUAAAAACAAAUGAGAAAAUUAUAGAAAAA